GCCCUCAGCUCACUUCUCCAGCUUCUCAACAUCUCCAUCAUGUCCUUCAGUGCUGACCAGAUUGCUGACUUCAAGGAGGCUUUCCUCCUCUUUGACAGGACUGGCGAAAGCAAGAUCACAUUAAGCCAAGUUGGUGAUGUCCUGCGUGCCCUGGGUACCAACCCAACCAAUGCAGAGGUCAAGAAAGUUCUGGGAAACCCUAGCAAUGAAGAGCUGAAUGCCAAAAAAAUUGAGUUUGAGCAGUUCCUGCCCAUGAUGCAGGCCAUUUCCAACAACAAGGACCAGGGAAGUUAUGAAGACUUCGUUGAGGGGCUGCGUGUCUUUGACAAGGAGGGCAAUGGCACAGUCAUGGGUGCUGAACUUCGCCACGUGCUAGCUACCCUGGGUGAAAAGAUGAAGGAAGAGGAGGUAGAAGCCCUGUUGGCAGGUCAAGAGGACUCCAAUGGCUGCAUCAAUUAUGAAGCCUUUGUCAAACACAUCAUGUCCAUAUAAGUGGAACUCUCAAGAGCAAGUGAUCUCUAUGAAGACUGACUGGAAACUAAGCCAUGAAUUUUAGGAACAUUCACAUUCAUCUCUCCAGAUCAGUUGACCAACAAGGCAGGAAAAACCAAAGGAAUUUGGACUAUAAUAUACUGAAGUCCUCCCCAAUUUUUUAUGUACCUUUUGAGUUUCCUUCGAAUCCUCAAGUUAUAUUUCUACUACACAAGUCAAAUGUUUGCAGAAGCAAACAACCUAGACAAAGUUUCUACAGGUCUCAAGUCUAAGUUAUCUCUCUU